UCUAUAUUUAUGAAGACACGUGUAGCGUGUAGCACUUUUGUUUAUUAUUUGUACAAGUUUGUUUUCCUAUAUACAACUUUUCUGAAAGCGUAGUUUUGUGUUUUCCUAUACACAAAUCAAAAAUAUUUGACUAAAAACGUUUUUUAUAUAACGAAAUGCCAAAAUUUUUUGUACCUACAUCAUGGGAGAAUCUAUCAGAAGCAGUGAAAUUCCGUUCAAAAGUAUCUUUGAGCAGUAGUAGUACUGAAGCAAAAGUUGCCCAAGCUACAUCGACCACUAGAAAAAAUAACAAAGGCAAGAAACAUACAGUAGAUAAAGAUAAGACAAAGGAUUUGAUUAAUGCAAAAGUCAAUAGAAGUGGAUUGAAGUCGGGAAAAGUUCACAAAGGUCGAAUUGUUAAAAAAAAUAUGUCACAGACUAAAGUCAUAAUUACGUCGGGAUAUACUGGUUCUGAACCAGAUGAUCCGCUAUCGUCAACCAAACUAAAAUUUAAGGGAAUGAAAAAACAUAGUAAAAGUACACCAGUUGUGGAAUUAUUGCCUCCUACUAAGAAAGCGGUACAAGCUACUAGAUCAAUCUUAGAAACAAAGAAUUUUGAUACAGAAUUAGUUAGACCGACAAGUGCCCGGGACAUUGGAUUAAAAACUUUUGAAGACACUUUAAAGCAACAACUGUUGGGUGGGCGCUUUCGUUAUAUAAACGAACAGUUAUAUACCAUGGAUAGCACAGAUGCAAAUGAAUUUUUCAAAUCAGAUACUGAGGCUUUUAAUGCCUAUCAUGCCGGAUACCAGCAGCAAGUGGAAAAAUGGCCAAUGAAUCCACUUGAUCGUAUAAUAAAAAUGAUAAAGCGGUUACCAAAAUCGCUAGAAAUUGUAGAUUUCGGCUGCGGUGAAGGUCGUUUGUCUACGAUGCUGCCAAAUAAAGUAUAUUCAAUGGAUUUGGUGAGCACACGCAAUGAUAUAAUAGCAUGUGACAUGGCAUGUACACCACUCAACGACCAGUCGGUAGAUAUAGCAGUUUAUUGUCUAUCAUUAAUGGGGACGAAUUUAAAAGAUUAUUUGCUUGAAGCCAAUCGUGUUUUACGUCCUAAUGGUUUGGUAAUAAUUGCGGAGAUUCAAUCACGUUUCGAUGAUUUGCGUCAAUUUAUACGUGGAUUAGAAGCUUGUGGAUUCGAAUUACUCAAAAAGGAUAUUAAUGAGCGUUUGUUUUAUUUUUUCCAGUUUAAAAAGGUACGAAAUGUUGGAAAAGUGGCGUUAAUACCACAAUUUUCUCUUAAACCGUGUUUGUAUCGGAAACGGUGAAGGAAAUAUUCACGAUAAGACGACCUACAUUAAAACAAAUUUCAAAAACACAGAUCAUCAUAAUAAAUAAAUUGUAAUCAUAUUAAAUUAAAUAAAUAAUAAAUUAAAUUUGAGCGAUAUUAAUGCAAUUUCUGAAUAAAUUACACAUAUUGCGUUAAUGA